UCUGUGCAAUAAUUGAAAAACAUGAAAUAAAUACAUCAUGUGGCAUUCAUUCCAAACAAAUUGCAGAGACUAAAAACACAGAAACAAUAAGCAAAGCAAAAAAAAUAAAAAUGGCACCUCAUAUUUGGCUCGUUUUUCUCAUGAUAUGCAGCACCCAAUCGCGAAAAACAGAAGCGGCAAUAGCACCUUGUGAUAAUUGCCAAAGGAAAUGUGGCAAACUGGAAAUUCCUUAUCCAUUUGGCACGGACAAGGGAUGCUACAUCGACGAAGCAUUUAAAGUCACGUGCAACAAGACAACUGGUUCGCUAAUUUGGUCCAACGGUACGGUCGACAUCUCUAUCUCAACUCAUAGCCUGCAAUAUAAAAAAUCUAUGGUUGUAGCUUUGAAAUUUGACAAGUCGGGAGAAACACAGUACGGCCAUACUUUGAUGAUUGGUGAUCUCCACAAUAAUUUCUAUAUAUCUCACACCAGAAAUAAGUUCGUUGCAAUGGGGUGUGAUUUCUAUGCAUACAUAAUUGAUAGACAAACUAAAAACUUUGUGGGAGGGUGUGCACCUUUUUGCAACCGCACUGACAUACUCCCUUCGCCUUCUUCAUCUUGUUCGGGCCUGCAGUGCUGCCAAAUCAAUUUACCAAAAGAUCCAACAGAUUUAUAUUUAUGGUUCGAGACAAUGAAUACCAUGACAAAAUCAUGGGCAUAUCAUUGUGGGUUUUUCGCAAUCGUGGACAAGGAUUUUGCACUCAACAAGAGUAUGUUCUCUGAUUGUAAUCAAAGGUACCACGUCCCACUAAUGUAUGAAUGGGCAGUUGGGAAUACAAGCUGCAGUAAAGCAACGGGAAGAGUAGACUAUGCAUGUGGACAGAACACAGAGUGCAUUGACUAUAAACCAGGCAUGUCAUACAGAUGCAAAUGCAGCAAAGGUUACCGAGGUAACCCUUAUCUUCUACAAGGAUGCCAAGACAUUGAUGAGUGUGGAGAAGCAAAGUAUAAGAACACAUGCCCAAAGAACGACCUUUGUGUUAAUACUGCAGGCGGUUACUACUGCUCGCCUUAUCAUCGUAGAAACAGGUUUCCAGUGCUCAUUGCCUUAGGAAUUGGCCUAGCUGUAGGUAUUCUCGUUCUAGUGGCUAUUAGUCUUUGGAUUUGGCGAAAGAUUCAAAAGAUAAAUGAUAGGACAACCAAGCAGAGAUGUUUCAAGAGAAAUGGGGGUUUGCUACUCCAACAGCAGAUAUCUUCUUCAAAUUCAACUAAGGGAGGUGUAUUACCUGAAUUGAAACUUUUCAGAAUCGAGGAAUUGGAGAAGGCCACAGAUAAAUUCAGCGAAAUCCGUAUUCUUGGCAAAGGAGGGCUCGGUACUGUCUACAAAGGAAUGCUAUCAGAUGGUAAAAUAGUAGCAGUAAAGAAGGCAAACAUAUCCGACGACAGUCAAGUAAGCCAAUUUAUAAACGAGGUUUUUAUCUUGUCACAAAUAAACCACAGGCACAUAGUCAAAUUGUUGGGCUGUUGUCUAGAGACUCAAGUUCCACUGCUCGUAUAUGAGUAUAUCUCAAACGGUACACUCUCUCAACAUAUUCACGAUGAGCAAAACACCUCCACAGUUUCUUGGGAGAAUCGCCUACGUAUUGCUGCAGAAGUUGCAGGGGCACUCGCGUACUUGCACUCGUACGCUUCGACAGCCAUUUACCACAGAGAUAUUAAAUCGAGCAACAUAUUGUUGGAUGAGAAUUACAAGGCUGUAAUAUCUGACUUUGGCCUCUCAAGGUCAGUAUCUAUCGACAGGACUCAUCUAACAACAUUGGUCGGAGGCACAUUUGGUUAUUUGGAUCCUGAGUACUUCCGGUGUGGACAACUAAAUGACAAGAGUGACGUUUAUGCAUUUGGGGUUGUUCUUGCUGAAAUACUUACAGGACAAAAGGCAAUCUCUUCUACCAAAGAUGACGUGGGGCUGGCACUCCGUUUUCGAUCAGCAGUGAAGAAGAAUUGUUUGUCUGAAAUAUUGGAGCAAGUAGUCGCAGAUGAAGGUGAUGAAGAGGAAAUUCUUGCAGUGGCAAAACUGGCUAAGAGAUGCAUGAAAGUAAAUGCACGUAAAAGACCGAGCAUGAAAGAAGUGGCAGCAGAAAUCGACCAACUGAGAAAGGCUAAAGAGCUUCCAGGGCAUCAAGACAGCUUUCGUGAUGAUUCUCGUUCCAUAAGUGAAUCUUGCCAAAGUUCCGAGAAUGAUUCUGAAGCAGAGGAUGAUCAAACAAUGUCCAAGACAAACUAAGCUUUACUUCUCAUGUGAAAACAAUUUGGAGGGAUUUCACAAAAAAAAAAAAAAGUUGCAAUUAAUUAGGCAACGAUUAUCAGAAGUAUGUGUUAGAAGUUGAUGUGCUAUACAAAAUGUUGUCUUGUAUUUCU